AUCUGACGUGAACUGUACUUCUCUUCUUUUACUUUUUCGAUAAGGACUUUCAACCUCUCAAGUCCCCAUGUCACUUUCCGUAUAUAUUAAGUUGUACAUAGCUAGGAGGUGACAAGAGUGAGACAAUAGGUUAUUGUUUCGAGGACUUAAAAUUUCAAAAUUCCGAUCUUUAUGAGAAACUAGCCGUGGUCUCAUAAGAUCAAGUGUUCUGGCUAUGUCCGCAGACUUCUGGGCCGGCUAUAUCAGCGGAGCUGUUGGUAUCCUAAUCGGAAAUCCCCUAGACCUUAUUAAGGUGCGGCUGCAAGCGCGCGAAGGCAUACCUAAUCAAACGGUCAUAUCAUAUGUCCGACAGUUCGAAAGCAAGUCGGCUCUAGUAGCCGGGACUGCUGCACCUGUGCUCGGCUAUGGCGCUCUAAACGCUCUCCUCUUCGUCUCGUAUAACCGCAGCGAAGCCGCUAUAAAUACUGCCUUGAGCUGCCAGUCAAACCUCUGGACUACGUGGUUCGCUGGUGCCGUUGGUGGCCUAGCAACCUGGGCCGUGAGCACCCCAACUGAGCUGAUCAAGUGCCGUGCUCAGUUGUCAUCGCCUCCAGCCUCGAGCUGGAGCAUCGCGAAGCAGGUAUUCAAGACCGAGGGUAUUAGGGGGUUAUACUUUGGUGGUGUUAUCACAGCGCUGAGGGAUAGUAUUGGGUAUGGAUUCUAUUUCUGGUCCUAUGAACUGAGUAGCAAGUGGGCCGAGUCCAACCGACAGAACGCCCCCGACUUCUCACAAGAUGCAGCAAAGGUCUUGCUUUGUGGCGGUCUAGCUGGCAUUGUCACCUGGGUUAGCAUAUUUCCUCUUGAUGUCAUUAAGACCAGGGUUCAAGCACAAGCUUCUGAUGCUACGAAAAUGCCUCUGCUUAACUCCCCUCUGUCAACCCAAAGGCGCCUAGGAGCGAUCGAAAUUGCCAGAGCCGCAUAUAAAGAAGAAGGCAUGCGAGUGCUCUUUAGAGGGUUAACCGUAUGCAGUGUUAGGGCCUUCAUUGUUAACGCGGUUCAAUGGGCCGUUUACGAAUGGAUCAUGCUUGAACUUGGCAAGGGAAGGCAUAAAAAGCUAGAGCCCAUCUAGACCAGUGGACUUGUCUGCUCAUGAUAUGGGGAUUAGGUUGAGUCUACGACAUUUUGAUGUCACGGCCGAAACGAGUAUAUCAAAGAUGGACGAAACUUGGAAGUCAAUAUAGCAAGUCAACUGUGACUAAUUGAAUUGCAGGUGACUACCUAAUUGCAGGGGAACUUAUUGGUCCGUUUGAAAUCAACGAGUGAACAAUAGU